GAGAAAUCUUUUCCUUCCCUCCCCCUUUCCUCUGGCGGGCAGACAGGCGGGCUGCUCUGCUGCCGCUCUGAUCCCGGCCUCCCCCCGCCAUCUGCAUCGGCGUCAGCAGCUGCCCAAACACAAACCCUGCAGAUUCUUUAUCACAGCCACAGCGCAACCAGCUGCUCACACACACGCAGAGAGACAGAGAGCGGAGUGGACGUGACAGAGAGCUACUGCUCUGCUUGGUAUAUACUCCAUCACCAUCACGUGGAAGCCAUCGAUCGAUCGGUCGGAGCCAAGGACGCGCGCGCAGAGCCGUGGACACAUGCACCCGGCCAUGGCGGCGGCGGCCUUCUUCCACGGCGGAGACGAGGAGAAGGCGGGGGUGGUGGUGCAGGGCGGCCUCAAUGCGGCGCGGCCGGCCUUCGUCACCCAGCAGCUCUUCCCGACGACGGCGGCGACGCAGCAGCAGGCGACGGAGCUCCCAUGGGGCGGGGCGGCUGCGCACUGGGCCCGGCCGGCGUCGAGGACCAAGAGCCGGCGCGGGCCGCGGUCGCGGAGCUCGCAGUACCGCGGCGUCACCUUCUACCGCCGCACCGGCCGCUGGGAGUCCCACAUCUGGGACUGCGGGAAGCAGGUGUACCUGGGAGGAUUCGACACUGCACAAGCCGCUGCAAGGGCGUACGACCAGGCGGCGAUCAAGUUCCGCGGCGUGGAGGCGGACAUCAACUUCGUGCUGGACGACUACAAGGAGGACAUCGGCAAGAUGAGCGUCUUGAGCAAGGAGGAGCUGGUGCAGGUGCUGCGGCGGCAGGGCGCCGGGUUCGUGAGGGGCAGCUCCCGGUUCCGCGGCGUCACCCUGCACAAGUGCGGCAAGUGGGAGGCCAGGAUCGGCCAGCUCAUGGGCAAGAAGUUCGUGUACCUUGGCCUGUAUGACACGGAGAUGGACGCUGCAAAGGCCUACGACAAGGCGGCGCUCGAAUGCAGCGGCGAGGAGGCGGUGACCAACUUCGAGCCCAAUGCGGCAGCGGCGGUGUGCGACGGCGAGCUCGGCCUGCAAGCUUGGGGCGGCGAGCCUGAUCUCGAGCUCAGCCUGGGCUGCUCCGGCGGCGGCGAUUCCUCCAUGGUCACCAGCGGCGACACCCUCCACACCGCAGCCGUGCCGGGCAGCCGGAGGACGAGCCUGACGUUCGAGAUGCCGGAGGAGGAGGAGGCGACGGCGCCAUGGCACCCCGGCAGGACCAGGAGCAUCUGGAUGAGGCCUUCGCCGGCGUCGAUAACACCGGCACUGAGGUGCCCGGACGGCGAUCACCGCCCCACCAUCCCGCUCAGCAGCAUGCUCCAGAUGGGCCAGAUCGGCGGAGGCGGCAGGGCAGAGCCACACAUGCUCGGGUGGCCCAUGGGUGGCAGCGAUCGUUGGCAGCCGUACGCCGCCGAGGCAGCAGCAGCAGCAUCAUCAGGAUUCCUGCCGGCGCCGGGGCUGGGAGGCGUCCAGCGGCAGAACCACCACCGGCCGGGCAGCAGGGAGCAACUGUGGCACUGAGCAGCCACCGGGCUGCAGCAUUCCGGCGUCGGCAUAACAUGUUUUGGGAAGAAGGAACCACCGUCACCCUCCCUUUUUGUCAGGUUAGCAGGCCGGCGCGCCGCCAUCAUCGCCUGCCAACCCCGGCGUGCAUGGCCGGUCCGGUGAUCCCGGUGGCGCUUAGCCGUAGUAUAUCCCGUAGAGAAAGCGACGAACGCUGUAGCUCCAAGAACCUUGUGGUGGUAUGUCCAGCAGAUCCUGUCGAAACCUGAUGAUGCCUUCAGUAGAAAUUUCAAUCUGGAUGAUGAUGAUGGUGAUGAUGAUGAUGGAUCUUGUUGAAUGAAUCCGGUCACUUUUGGGAUGCAUGAACUUCCCAGAAUCAUCAUCAGUUGCUGCACUGUUUCCUGCAGAUUUUCA